CCAUGCACCUGUCCUGGAUGUGGGAUCUGAACGAAAAUGGACAAACGAUGAGCCAGGUGGUCCGAGCGGGAGAAGGCCCUCUUACACAGCAUGCACUCGUAAGGUUUCUGACCCGUGUGCUUCCGGUAGUGACGCGUCAGCUCAUCGGAGCGGGCGAAUUUCCAGUUGCACCCUUCCCACGGACAGCGAUGCAGUCCUCCUUCAAAACUCCAGGAGCCAGGGGACUGUGGAAUAACCCCAGACCCACACAGUGCAGUAAGGAGACACAGGAAAUGCUGAAAUUGAUGAAAGAGGAAUCAAAGCUUGCAUGCCUCCAGAGAAAACAGAUCAACAGACGCACAAAGCGUGGAGCGGUUUCGUCUCAGACUCCGGCUUCUGGACCGUCUUUUCCUCUGAGUAAAUGUGCUCAGCGACUGACGCCUGUAAAGCCUUGUAGACGCAGUGCUGAAUCUUGUCGGGCUGGGGACAGCUACGUGAGGGAAAAGUUUCACCCUGGUCCCACACGAGAUUUGGAGAAGGAGAAGAGGAGGCUUCAGAAUAUCUUGGCAACAGGAGAAGAAGAGCCUGCAGCUGGAUCGCCUGGAGAAACGUCUGAAUGUUGCACACCAGAUGAAUCAGAGGAGAUGGAGCGCUAUCAGGAAGUUUUAAAUGAAAUCGAAGAAAGGAGACAGUUUCUAGCAGAUAUGGCAGCUUUGGGCCAGGAGCACCAGUACAUCGGCAUCAUCAAUGCAGAGAUAUCGCAGAGGCUUCGUGAGCUGGACAUUCUGGAUCAGGCCGACGCCUCCAAGCAGGGAGCAGACGACUGAAGAUCACGUCUGCCUCAUGCUCCAAGUUUAUACAUCAGUGAAAAAAAACAAACAAACGUGAUAUGUAAUAAACUUAGUUUAUUCUCUCUGCACCUGUCAGUACUUUAAAUAAUCCUGCUGCUGUUGCUGAACACAGAACAGAUGAGAAACGUGGAGCUACAGAGCUCUUGGUUUAAGCCGGACAUGAAGGCAGGUACAGAGAUAACACAGGUGUGAUGCUAAAUGGCAAAACGUGAACAGAGCGACUACAACCACAUUUACAUGAACUCUACAGACCAUUAUCCACAUGCUCAGUUAAAUAAAUUGCACUGAAACAACAUGAUCAUAAAUACAGUUUCCUAUCAUUCUUAAGGCAAUAAACAGACAAAAGGCUUUUUAAUGUGAACGUUAACCAUUGCAUAUACAAGCCAAGCUAGCCCUGAUGGCUAAAGCUUCUGUGAAAUGGUAUUUUGUUCACUAAUACGCUUUCCUCUUCUAAUUAUUGCAUGGGUGACGCACAGUUAUAAAAGCUACAAUAAAUCUACAGGUUAUUUAAAAACACAUUUUCUUUCUUUCAUGUUCUUCAAACACUUCUCAUAAAUACUGAGGGUCAGCGCAGCUGGCAGAGACACAGCUGACACUAGGAUUUCAGACGCAGUGUAGCAGCUGGACUUCUUUUGGUAUACCUCGCUGCCUGAGCUUUGCAAUGGAAAAUGCUGUACCGUAUUUUUCAGACUAUAAGGCGCACUUAAAAUCCCUUAAAUAUUUCUCAAAAAUGGAUGGUGCACCCAAUAUAUGGUUACCGACCGAUUGCAUGUGGUACAAUGCGCUCAAAAAGCUGUUAAAAUCUGUAAGUACGACUUUUGCAAUAAAGCUGCUCCGCUCAACAGAUAUUCAGAGGAUUACGGUACGCUGUGUCACUGCCUGGUAGGACCCCUGAGCUGUCUACAAGACUGCCUGACUGUAAUGU